AUGGAGACAAUGCUCCCCGAGCCGACCAUCACUUUCACGAUCCCGAGCUACCGAGACGCCACGGUGCUGUCGUGCCGUGUCUACCACCCGUCUUCGUUGUCUGGAGGCCCGACGGCGCGAGUGUGGGGGAGACACGCGGCGGUGUUUGCGCAUCCGUAUGCACCGCUGGGGGGAUGUGCGGAUGAUCAUGUCGUGGAUGUUGUCGCGGGGACGAUGUUGAGGAGGGGGUAUUUGGUUGGGACGUUUAAUUUUCGUGGUGCUGGGGAUUCGGGAGGCCGGACAUCUUGGACGGCAAAAGCUGAGAGAGCAGACUACAUUUCGGUGGCUGCCUUUAUGGUCUACUACGUCCACUACCUGGACCCAUUCAAGGGAGAGCACGAAGGUAUUCCACCGCCGGCACAGAAAGAACCCCCCGUGUUCAUCAUGGGAGGUUAUUCCUACGGUUCGAUGAUUACGAUGCAGCUUCCGCCCCUCGUGGAAAUGCUCCGGCCCUUCGUAGCCCCGGAACUCGGCACCGCAGCGGCGGAGAUUCGGCUGCGGGCCGAGCAUCUCGCAGAGCACCAGAAUGCCAUCCUGGCGAGCGUGAGGGAGGCGUGGGGCCACGGGUCGAGAUUGAGGUCUCCUGGGUUGAGGGUGGGCGGUACGGAAUCUGGGGAAGUGCGGGGUUCGAUUGAGGGGAGGAGAUCAUUGAUCCUCGAGGCGGAGGAGAGGAUUAGGAAGAGUUUUGGCGAUGUUGUGGCCAAGACGAAACGAGCAAGGAAGAGCGUGGAUGGGGCCGUGAGGGGGAAGAAGGUAGAUGGGGAUGAGGGCGUCGUGGUGGAGGAGGAAGAGGAAGGGGAGCAGCGGAGGGGACACGCGUGUCUCGAGGAGGCUACGGACCUGGUGAUGCCGAGGGUUGCGUAUGUCCUCGUUUCGCCGCUCCAAGGGGUCAUCUCUCACCUGGCGAGCAUGUCAAUCCUGCCCACCCAUCUUCCUUCUCUUCCGAAAUUGCGGAACCCCUUCGUACGGAAGAGGGAGGACGACAAGAACCCCGAGCCGGAUAACAGCAAGAAACUCCCACAUCCCGAUUCCGACGCCAACUCCUCCACCCCAGAUUCCCCCGCCGACACCGACCUCGCCGAGCUCAAACUCGUCCGAAACCCCACCCUCGCGGCCUUCGGCGACCGCGACGUCUUCGUCGCCGCGAACAAGCUGCGCGUCUGGGCGAAGCGGCUGCAGGAGGUUCCCGGCUCGAGGUUCCAUGCCGUCGAGGUUUCGUCUGCGGGUCACUUUUGGGUCGAGGAUAGGGUUUUGGGAAAGCUUGCGGGCUUGGUGGAUGGGUUUACGGGGGGUCUUAUUGAGGAGGGGGAGAGGAAGAGGUGA